GUCGCUGCGAUUUGCUGUCAAAGGUUCGUGACAUAUCCCGGCUAAUGACACGCAACUCGCAAACUGCCGCCGAACAUGGUGACCUUCGGCACUUGCCCGCAGGCUUCACCCUUGAGCCUGAGGAGCUUUUAAAUAGUUUUAAAGUAUUUUAAAGUUUCAAUAUUUGAGCACAGCUUGAGCUUCACAAAUGACACAGGCGUGCGCGCUGCGGCUGAGUACCUGCUUCAUGCAAGAUGUGCAAGUCCUCCUCUGUUGCACGAGCUUGUAGAUCAAUCUACCUUGCAAGCCACAGCUUUUGAAUUCUAGUGUUUCCUUGUGGCUCCUGGGUCCACUGGUGCACCAAAGGUGGUGCACUUUUCUAGUCCUAAUAUUAGCAGCAACUUCAGCGACACAAGCGAUAAGAAGCAUGUCUCUUGCAGCGAAGGUGAAGCCGCUGCCUGUCGUUGCUGGGGUAGCGUUUGAGCGAAAGGAGGGUUCACCUGGGGUGCAGAAGGUGCCUUGCGUCCGACGCAAAAGCAUCCCUUAUCUGGCCGCGACAGCGUCAAAACCUUUCAAAACAAGGUUGAAGCACAAGAUGCAAGCAAAAACUCCAAGGAGCCCUCUUAAAGCGCCUGGGAAGGCAGUACGCCUCUCGACAAACAGCUACACGAAAGCGCAAUCAGAGGAGCAACCUUUAUGGGAUAAUCCGCUGGAUACUUAUGGACCACUGAUCUGGGUAGUCGACCUCCUAGUGGUGAUUUGGUUGUGGUCAAUCCUAGUCUCUAAGUAGGGCUGUUUUACCAUUAAAGCGUGGUUUUGACCUGAUCAGGGUAAUGUGGAGCCCUUUGGUGUGGUCUAGUCUCCCCUACUAGUAAAUCUAACGUCUGCUCUGUUCUAGUUGUGAGUACGAAGCUGGAGUGUACAUCUUCUUACGGGGGCCUGUGCUCAGAAGAGGCAUGGGGCGUGUUAAGUGCGUAAACUGUUAGUGGCCAGACUGUCAGUGGUUGUAGUGGAAGGUUAUUGUUUGGUUAUGGUUUUGGCCGAUAAUGCCCUUCAUCAAAGAAUGCAGUUCAAUCUGGCCACAUCGUUCAACAUUAAUUAAUGCACCUUCUUUCUGCACU